GUUUCCGGUCACGUGGUUUCCGCCGUCCCCGCCGCUUACUGGCGCACGCGGACAGUGAUUAACGUUCCGUAACGCAGUGCAGAUUCGAUCAGGAGAGAAAACUUGCGCGGCAUGAGAGGGCCGGUGGGCCUGGUGCUGCUGGCAGCCUUGGCUGUGGUCCCCGCGCUGCGCCCCCCGGAGCAGGCCCCCGUCCCUCGAGCGGACCCCGGCGCCCGCGACGCGGAGGCGUGGUUGGCGAGCCUGGACGCCGAGCUGGGGCGCCUGAACGCCGCCGCGGCGGCGGUCACGUGGCACCUGGCCGUGGGGCAGGGCCGGGGGCUGGCGGCGCUGGCGGGGCGCCUGGCGGAGCGCCAGGCAGCCUGGAGGUCGCGUCGCUGCGCCCGGGCGCCCGCCCUCGCUUCGCUGGACGCCGCCGGGCGCCGCCAGGUGUACCUGCUGUGCCGCGGGCCGGCGCUCACCCCAGCCUCCGCCAGGCAGCUGACUGUCGCCGCCGGCCGGCAGAUGGAGGUGUACUCUAGCGGGCGAGUGUGCCGUCGACAUAAGGAGCCGUGCUACAGCGGCGAGCCAGACUUGGAGCGCCUCAUGAAGCGAUCUCGGGACCCCGCCGAGCUCCUGUGGGGAUGGCAGCAGUGGCGCAGGGCUGUGGGUCCACCCGCCCUGAGGCCCUUCCUUGUCACCAUGGCACUGCAGAACCAAGCCGCCAGGGCCAACGGCUACGCCGACAUGGGCGAGGUCUGGCGGGAGGAGCUGGAGACUCCACACCUGGAGGACCUAGUGGACGAGCUCUACCACCAGGUGGAGCCCCUCUACAAGCUGCUGCACGCCUAUGUGCGCCACUGUCUGGUGCGCUACUAUGGCGACCAGCUCGUUGACCCGCGCGGGCCCAUACCCGCGCACCUUCUGGGCGACAUGUGGGCGCAGAACUGGGCCGCUCUGGGCGACGUGCUCGCAGCGCCGCGCCUCGACCUGACGGCAGCGCUCCGGCACAGGAACUACACCGUGGAGGCCAUGGCGCGCCACGCCGAGGACUUCUACACCUCUCUGGGCCUGGACGCCAUGACGCCCACCUUCUGGCGGCAGUCGCAGCUGCGGGCUCCCCCGGGCAGCAACACCACGUGCCACGGCACUGCCGCCAACAUGUUCCGGCCCGGCGACUACAGGCGAGUCCCAGUUCCAUAGAGUACACACUUGGGUAGAGCAUGCUGGGUCUGGACGCCAUGACGCCGACCUCCUGGCGGGCUCCCUCGGGCAGCAACACCACGUGCCACGGCACUGCCGCCAACAUGUUCCGGCCCGGCGACUACAGGCGAGUCCCAGUUCCAUAGAGUACACACUUGGGUAGAGCAUGCUGGGUCUGGACGCCAUGACGCCGACCUCCUGGCGGGCUCCCUCGGGCAGCAACACCACGUGCCACGGCACUGCCGCCAACAUGUUCCGGCCCGGCGACUACAGGCGAGUCCCAGUUCCAUAGAGUACACACUUGGGUAGAGCAUGCUGGGU